CUCGUCCCUGUCUACUGUGGCCAUGCGUGCACAUCUGGAGCGGACGCGCGCCGCAGAAAAAGGCUGUGGCGCGCCAGGCCGCAACGGUUACGCGCAAACACGUGUCGUCCCACUGAGCCGCGACCCGCGCCGCGCGUCGUCGUGGUGGGUGAGGCUCGCGCGGGCCCGUGCGUGGACUUGCGGCGGAGUGGGCCGCGCGGCGUGUGCGCUCGCGCUGGCCGUGCUGCUGAGGUGCGCUGCACACUGGAGCUGUGAGCCGUGCGCACUCCCGCAGCAGCAGUCGUGCGCUCGCCCUCAGUCGCUCGCGGGCUGCCUGGCGGAACUGCUGCUCGCUUGCUGGGCUGCGCUCUCGCCCUUCUUCAGCCUCCUGUGCGCCUUCUUCUGGCUCGGCGUCUACCUAAUCCGCUGCGGCGUGCUGCUCCGCACCGCCCUCUCGCUCCUCACCGUGUUCCACCUGGCCGAGGCGGCGGCCUGGAGCCUCCUGGGCGGCCCGCACGAAGUAGCGGCCGCGCUGGUGUUGGCGUGCGUGGCCGGCGGCGCACUGAUGGUAGCGCGCCCGGACCGGGGCACGUCGGUGGUCGCGGUCGUCAGCAUCGUGCGCGCCGUCUCCCUCUUCUCGCUGCACAAGGUUCGCUCGGCUUGGAGGCCGUACGUGGCGUACCUGCUGGGAGUCGUGGGCAUCCUGCUGGCGAGGUAUGCUGACAGACUCCUCGCCGGCCAAGGGACACUGGAGGAGGGCUGCACCCUCGUGACUGGAGCCAAGGAAGACGUCCCCGCAUUUAAAAGGCGCAGGAGGUCCAGUUCGGUGAUAUCCACAGACAUGGCACACAGUCAGUCCAACAGCAAGUCACAUCGCAGGACCUCUCUGCCAUGCAUCCAGAGGGACCAGAUGCUAGCCCGCUCAGACUGGGAACACAAAAGAGGCUCCCGAGGAUCACAGUCAUCAGGCACCAGUGUCAUGGUGGACAUUGCAGUGAUGGGAGAAGCACAUGGACUGAUUACAGACCUGCUGGCUGACCCCUCUCUGCCCUCCAACACCUGCACCUCACUGCGGGCUGUCAGCAGCCUGCUCACCACCCAGCUCACCUUCCAGCCCUUGCACCGGCCACGCCCCUCUCCCCUGCUUAACCCCUCGGACGCCUACGUCUGCUCCGACUCCGAGGAGGGACCUGAGAAGGGAGAGAAGACGUCCAUCCAUAAGCGUCUGAGGCGGAGUCUCCACCCGGGUCUUCUGAGGAGGAUCUCCUCCACGUGGACCACCACCACCUCCGCCACAGGCCUGCCCACAAUCGAGCCAGGGCCGGUGCGGCGGGACCGCAGCGCCAGCAUCAAACCCUACCACGAAACACUCACGUGCAGUUGUGGAAGACCAUACAUCAGACUGAGCCACGGAGAGGGCUCCAUAGACAAGGGAGACAGGAUACCACGCCCAGCAGAGGAUCAAGUGGUUGUGUCAUCAGACUAUGACAGCACCCACGAAGCCAACCAUAGUGACAGCAGCGAUGUAGCACAAACAGAGGAGGACACAGAGGAAGGAAAAAACUCCUCCCAGAAUGUCAUUCUCCACCCGCUUUUACCUCCUGAGGACAAACCUAUUCUGGCCCCAGAGCCGCUAUUAAUGGAAGGUUUAGAGCCGAUGAUGAGUCAGCUAAACAAUUGGAACUUUCCCAUCUUCAGCUUGAUGGAGAAGACUAACGGUAAAUGUGGACGGAUCCUCAGUCAGGUCUCUUCCAGGCUUUUUGAGGACACUGGGUUGUUUCGGACCUUCAAGAUUCCAAUCCAAGAAUUCAUGAACUACUUCCAUGCCCUUGAAAAUGGUUACAGAGACAUACCAUACCAUAAUAGGGUGCACGCCACGGAUGUGCUCCAUGCAGUCUGGUACCUCACCACACAGCCGGUUCCGGGUCUGCCCAGCCUCAUUGCUGAACACAGCUCUGCUAGUGACUCAGACUCCGACAGCGGAAUAACUCACAGUCAUAUGGGCUUCCUGGUGUCAAAGACAUACACUGUGUCAGAGGACGGUUAUGGCUGCUUGUCUGGCCUCAUACCGGCUCUGGAGCUUAUGGCGCUCUACGUGGCUGCUGCUAUGCACGACUACGACCACCCCGGGCGGACCAACGCGUUCCUCGUGGCUACCAGCGCCCCGCAGGCGGUGCUCUACAAUGACCGUUCGGUUCUGGAAAACCACCACGCUGCCUCGGCCUGGAACCUCCUGUUGUCCCGACCGGAGUUCAACUUCCUUGUCAACUUGGACCACAGGGAGUUCAAGCGAUUCCGUUUCUUGGUCAUUGAGGCCAUACUAGCCACGGAUUUGAAGAAGCACUUUGAUUUUCUCGCAGAGUUUAAUGCAAAGGUGGGUGAUGAUCCAUCUUCAGGCAUUGAUUGGUCCAAUGAGAAUGACAGGUUGCUGGUCUGCCAGAUGUGCAUAAAGCUGGCUGACAUCAAUGGGCCGCUUAAGUGUAAGGACCUGCACCUACAGUGGACAGAGGGCAUUGUCAAUGAGUUCUAUGAACAGGGUGAUGAAGAAUCCAGUCUGGGUCUCCCCAUCAGCCCCUUCAUGGACCGAGCCGCGCCACAGUUGGCCAAACUCCAGGAGUCAUUUAUCACGCAUAUCGUGGGACCCUUGUGCAAUUCUUAUGACUCGGCCUGCCUCAUGCCGGGGCGGUGGGUGGAGCCCAAGACGGAUGCAGAGGAGCCUGAAAGCACAGAGAAUGAAGAUGAGGAGGAAGAUACGGCAGAGGAAGACGCAUCCACUGGCUCAGAGUCGUCACAGAAAGCAGCCAAGAAAAGAAGGAAAGUGUUCUGUCAGAUCACCCAUCACCUGCUAGAGAACCACGAGAUGUGGAAGAAAGUUAUUGCGGAGGAGGCCCAGAAGCAGGGCCAAGGAGCAGAGUCGGUCCACGUGAACAGUGUAGCAGAGCCGAUUUUGGCUAUCCACGAGGAGGAAGAGGAGCCAGGCAGCAGAGAGGAGCUGGUUGAAGGGGAGGAUCCAGAGGAAGGAGUAGAGGAACCUGAGUGGCCUGCGUCGCCACAAGAAGUGGAGGAAGAUCCAGAGUGAACGCGACAUCCAGCAUCUGUCAGGAUUAGGACAAGUGCUUCUCCUUUUCUUAUACUAUUUACUGACUCCUGUUUUUGCCAGCACAUCACUUUAGACACAACACUGUAGAUUGGGAAAUGUGUGCCUACGAAAUCAAAAACAGGGUGGGAAAUUGUGUGCUUUACACAUUUUGUCUAAAUAUUUGAUUUCACCAAACAUUUAAAGGAGCUUUCCGUCUUGCAAUACGAGAUUAUGCAUGUACUUUGGAAUACAGACUCUUUUGUUACUGUCAAAAGAAGAGGCAGACUGGCUACACAGACCUCAACCACAGUGUGGUGACACAGGACGGAUGAAAUUUGCUGCCACUUUAUACAUAAUUAUUUUCUGAAUGCAAUUAUAUGGAGACGUCCCAAAUACUUGUGCUUCAAUGUCAGCUGGAGUUUUUGAGUGGGGGUCACAAAUGGGCCAUAAUAUAUUUAUGGCUUUGAAAAGAAGUAAAUUAAUUGAGGAACAUUGGUGGAACUGUCAUUCCUUUAACCUCAGCCAACAUGACUCACACACAGUAAAAUAUUUAUAAAUGUUAUACUUUGUUAUGUACUGUACAGCCAUUUAUGUUCAAGUGCUGAUACUUCAUCCUCAUCACAUCCCCUGUGCGUUUGUGUCCACGUGAAUGAUUCCUCAGCCUAAAACAUGGAUAAGGUUCACCUCUAUUUUGCUGUUACGCAAAGUAUGAAAAACAGGAAAAAGGGAUCUCUGCAAUGACGCAGCGACAAUCUUUUAAUGGGCAGAUGCGUACGGUCACCCGAACAGAGAAUAAACCAAGUUCGACAUUCAAAAUGCAUUUGGAAUAUCUUAGUAAAGAACAGAGUCAUACAUCCAUGAGAAGCGAUAGGAAGACUAUAAAGGGAAUAUUACAUCAAUGAUCAGUCAAGUAAUGUAAUCCCCUGCUUUUUUGUUCCCAUUAUUUCUAAAUGGCUCUGAAUUUUGUAUUCUCUGUGUGUAAUAAACUCCUCCAUAUGUGAACCUUUGAUCCUCAGGAAACCUUCAACCAUUGAGAUUCAAAGCUCUUUUAGAACCUGUGCAGAGAGCAACAACAUGCUGGGACACUAUUGCAAGCGACUUGACAUGAUGUUCAUGACACACAUAACACCGGAAGUAGAAAUCAGGGAGCAAAGUUAAGAACAACGAUAAACAUCCACUGGAUGAGUCCAGACUGAAUAAUCACAGUAUUAUAACUGCGGGCUGACGCUUCAGGAAAUUGCAUCCAGAAAUAUUUGCCACAAUAUUUGCUACAUUGUCAUGUAGUGCGUCCCUGACGUGUGUGUGGAGUGAUUUGUGCCGAAAUGCAUCCUAAGUGAGUCUGACGAGUACAGUAUGAGUCACUUUUCGAGGAGUAACCACCGGCACUCAUGACUUUGCUCACAUACAGUAUCAUUUAUAGGCGCAAAACAAAAUAUUAAUGUUCCAAAAAAACACACACGAAUAAAAUAAUAAUAUUCAUCACAAACUAUAAGGACGCUAAUACAUAAAAUUAUAUGAAUGACAUUCAUUCAAAAAAAAUCGGAACGACAAACUGAUUUCGAGCCAAAAAGGUCCCAAAUGAAAAUCCCACUUUUGUAAAUUUGAGAAGAAAUUGCCCGAGAGGUAAAACUUGAAUGUGGAGUUCAAUCCGUGACAUAUGUCGUACAUUAUCUGAUGCUGAGAGAAUAUCAAUGUGUCACUGCAUACACUGUGGUAGACGUGAAUCUGGUUUUAUGUGAGAUUGUUCCUUGAUAUUUAUAUUGGCAUUUCAAUGUGUGCCACAGUGGUGUGCUUCCGCUGUCAAGAAGGCCACGGGAGUCAGUGGAAGGAUUCAACUGCUUUGUGAAUGUAUAUUACACAAAACUUAGGGAGGCUUCAUGUACGUAAGUGUCUCAUUGCAAACCUUGCAGUGUCUAUGUCCAAUGCUGUCAUGUUUCUGAUGCGACUGCCUGAUAAGCGGUACACUUCGUAAAUAUUGGUGAGGUGAUGCAUUCAGUUACUUCCUCUGAGCUAUUCAGAUGAAAUAGUUGCUCUCCAAAGAUCCUGUAUUUCUCCUUGUGCUUCCACUAUGACCUAGAAACUGCUUUGUAGCCAUCUUAAAUGGCAGCGAUUGAUUUUUUUGGAAACAUGAUAUUUGUCACGUCACAAAGACAAAUUAUUUUGGGGCAGAGAACAUAGCAUCAUUGAAGCCAAUGUGUUGUAUUGUUUAUAUCUUCAUUCCUUUCAUUUCAUUGUCACACAGCUGUAGGAUAAUGGUAAUCACGAGAGCUAAACUAGCUUCCAGCGAAACCGAAAGUUCUAGUGUAGAGUAUUUUUAUAUAGCUGACACGUGAUGAUAAAUUUGGUUUCCUCUCGCCAGGAUAUUGCACUUACCAUUUGUUUUUGUCCAAAUUUGUGACCAUCGAAUAUUUUUUUCCCCCCUUACAGGUUGAAGCUCCAUUUUGUACAGUAUGAAUAUACAGUAUGCUGUACAGUAAAAGGACAUUUUAAAACUACAAAAAAAAAAAAAAAAAACUUUGAGAAACACAUUUAUUUUUACCAUUUUGUAAUUUAGACACAAUACUGUGGCUUCAAUAUUGCCAGACUUACUGGAAGUGCCUAUUGGUAUGUAUCAUACAUGAAUAUAUUUGAAAAUCAUUAGAAAUUGUCACAAACUGAUCUAAGUUGAUGUUGUUAUGUGAAUACAUUCAAUUAUAAGAAAAGUAAUGUGGUAUCUGUGUUUGUCUUUACUAGUU